AUGGUUGCCAUUCUGGUUGCCGCGUUCGGGUUCGUCUACUGGAAGGCCGCAACAGCAGAAUCGCGUCAGAACGUGGAACUCAUGGUCAUCUAUCCGGGACCGGUCACAGGCCUUCCGGUUGGAGGGCAGGUUCUCUUCAACGGUAUCAAGGUGGGUGACGUCAAGUCGCUCGAUUUUGCCCCGGACGAUCCGACCAAGGUUGUGGCAACAGUCGGCAUCAAGCCGACCACGCCAAUACGUGAAGACACCAAGGCAACACUGAAUUUCACAGGCCUGACAGGUAUCGCCUAUGUCGAUCUGUCAGGAGGAACGUCCUCGUCACCGCUGCUUCUGGGCAAGGAUGACGGCAAAGUACCCGUUCUUUAUGCCGAAAGGUCCUUUUUCGACGAUAUUGUCGAUGGCGCGCGCGACGUGUUGAAGCGCGCCGACACGACCAUGAAGACCAUCGAGGACAUUCUUGUCGAGAACAAGCCGCUCAUCAACGACACGGUCAAGAACGUAGAAACGUUUUCGGCUGCGCUUGCCGCAAAUUCCGACGGCGUGAAGGAUUUCAUGGCAAGCAUCGGCCAGGCAUCCGAUGCAUUUUCAAGCCUUUCCGGGCGUCUUGAGAAACUCGUCGACCAGGGCGAGCGCCUGCUGGCAGCGGUGCCUUCGGACAAGGUGACCGCCAUAGUCGAUGAUCUGACCAAGUUCUCCGACAGCCUGGGCAAGGCGAGUGGCGACAUCGAUCUCCUCAUGUCUGACGCACAAAGCGCUGCGAAGGAGCUGGAAACAUUUACCAAAAAGAUGAAUGACGGCCUCGACAACGUUCAGAAGAUCGUUCAGGCGGUCAAGCCGGAAGACGUCGAGAAGGUGAUGACGGGUGCCGCGGCACUUGGCGAUGUGCUGGAGACGCGGAGCAACGACAUCAGCAAGCUGAUCACAUCGACCAGCGAGACCAUGCAGAACGUCAACAAGGUUGUUGCGGUUGUUCAGCAGCGUGAAGGCGCCAUUUCCGAGAUUCUGGAAGGUGGACGGGACGUUGUGCUGAAAGUCGACGCGAUCGUUUCGCGCGGUGUUGAAAUCGCCUCGGCCAUCGAUCCGCUGCAGAUCGAGCAGGUUGUCGCAUCGGUCAAUACCUUCACCACAGGCAUGAAUGUGUCCUUGCUUCGGGUCGACGAGGUGCUGGCGAGUGUUGAUCCUCAGAAGGUCGGCAAUGCGGUCGAUGGUGUUGCCAGCGUGAUCGAUAAUUUCAACAAUCAGCAGAGCCAGAUCAACGAGAUCAUCGCGUCUACCAAAUCGACCGUCCAGAAUUUCGAAGCCGUGUCUGCCACGGUUCGCGAUCAGGAUGACCGGAUUGCGGCCUUGAUCACCGAUGUACAGGCUGCAGCUGAACGUUUUGCCGAAACGCUGCAAAGCGCGGACACGCUCCUGAAGGCGGUGGAUCCCGAGAAAGUCGCCAAUAUCGUCGGGUCGGUCGAAACCACUGCCUCCGAACUAGCAAGUCAGCAGAACGGCAUUCCUUCCAUUCUACAAAGUGCCCAGAAGGCGGCUGACAAUGUUCAGCAGAUGACAGCCGAUCUUUCCAAGCGCACGCCGGAUGUCGACCAGAUCAUUACCGAUGCAAAGCAGAUGACCGCAACGUUGAACGCGACGUCUGUCAGGGUCGAGAGCCUGGUGGAAAAAGUUUCCACGAUGGUCGACGGCGAUGGCGAGGGCUUGAUCAAGGAAGCAACGCUUGCGGCACAGGCCAUCCGGAAGAUCGCGGUUGCCUUCGAGAGCCGCGCAGACUCCAUUGCAGGUGGCCUUUCAAAGUUCGCGACACAGGGGUCGAGCGAUUUCACUGCAGCUUUGGGACAGGUCAACCGGACGCUGGUUGCCAUCCAGCGGGCAGCAGAAAGCUUUGAGCGCAGUCCGAACAGGGUCAUUUUCGGGGGCGAGGACGUUCCGACCUAUACAGGUGGGCGGCGGCGAUGA